UCAAAUCGUUGCGCACAGUUCAGACAACGAAACAGUGCUCGGCAGUAGUCGGAAACUGGGAGGAGCAGUAUAUACAUAUAUUCAACAUUAACCGGCUAAAAUUGAAAAGCUAGGGAAACUAAGGGAAAAGUCAAAUAGUGAAUACAAUAAGGAUUCAUACAAGAAAGGAAGAGGAAAUAUAAACUUGCCUGAAGAAGCCCAGAAAGGAAACAAACAAAGAAAAGAACAGCACAACAACUUGAACAAUCGAAUGCCAUUAAAGACCAUUAAACGUCCCGUUAUUACCAAACCCAACGACUUCUCUCUCGUUUGAGCGUCCCUAGUCACCCGACCCUUCCCUCCCUGGCUGUUAAAUUAUCUGCACAACGGCAUAUUUACAUUUAGAUCAUCAUUUCAAAAGAAUUGAUUCCGUUUGUAAUUACAACGGUCGUACUAUUUCGGGCAACAUUGCGAGCGUCACAUCAGUAUUCAACGAGCGGGCAUUACUAGAUUUGAAGUGAACUUACGAAAUCUUCCGACUUUACGGCUGCUGAGGAAGAAAUAUUCCCAAAUGAAGCUCACAGGGCUUUAUAUCGGGUUUGCUGUAGUGCUGCAUACAACAUGUUAUUCAGUCUCAGAACAGACGCAGCAGUUGCCCAGAAUUUUGCGCAAACAUAAACGAGCGGCUUUGCUCUAUCGUGGUCGUCUUUGGCCAGCAACCUACAACGAAAAUAGAGAUGUGACUGAUGUCAUCAUCCCUUACACAGUCAGGACUGGGGGCUGGUUCUCAGGACUUGACAGUGGCGACAAACAAACCAUUCGAGAAGCAGCAGACGUCAUCGCGAAACACACCUGUAUUAGAUUUGUGGAGCGCCAAGAUCAGGAAGACUACAUCGAGUUCUACGAAGACAGCAAUAGCGUAUGUCAAUCAUACAUCGGCAAAAAAGGCGGGAAACAACUGUUGUCGAUGGGAAGUGGCUGUAAGAACAGAGGUCACGUGACUCAUGAGCUCAUGCACGCGCUGGGGUUUUUCCACGAGCACACCAGACCAGAUCGAGACAAGUUUGUCAAGAUUUUAUGGAAUAACAUCAAAAGUGACCACUUACAACAGUUUGAAAUCCGCAAACGUGGUGAAGUUACAACCUUUGGUCAGCCAUACGACUUCCAGUCCAUCAUGCACUACUCUAACAAAGAGUUCAGCAAGAACGGGGCAGAUACGAUCCAGGCAAUAUCUGAUCCCAGCAUGCAACUGGGGAAUGUUAACUCGUUAUCUGCUGUAGACGUCUUGCAGAUUAACCUGCUGUACAACUGUCCCGAGGCGCUCAAACAAGUUGAUAACUACAAGGUCACAGUGUACACAGGAAACAAAUAUCUAGCUGGAACAGAUGCUAGAGUGUUUGUAGAACUAUUCGGGCAAAAAAAUGGCCAGGCACGAAACUCAGGAGAGGUAGAAUUGGCGGGAAAGAAGGACGCCUUUGAGAUGGGAAGUGUGGAUACCUUUAACGUUAUUUCACCAAACUUGGGAAAACUGAUCAAACUUACGAUCAGACUCAGCAAUGGAGGAUAUACAGGAAGCUGGUAUCUGAACAAGGUGUAGAUAUGAGUAUUUGCACGUACUGUACUGUGCACAAACCCGUG